UGACCCAGAUAGCCAAACCUGCCGAGAGCACAAACUGAAAAAUUUUGACACAUAUUAUGCUGGCAAAAGUUGGACAGCAAGCAAUUACAGUUUGCCGUUUCAACUAACAUUAACAGAAACACGACAAAAAUCGAGUAGACUUUGCGUCACAAUGUGCCCUCAAAAAUGCAGCAAAAGUACAACAAAAUUUAAAGACAUUAACAAAACAAAAAUCAGACAUUGUGUGUUGACACAAUAUAUCACUAAAAAUUAAAUAAAAAAACAGAUAUGUCAUGAUGUCACAUUAAAUUAAUAAAAUGUAGCUAGAAAUUUGACAUAUUUGCUAUCACGCUGCAAUACCAGAAACUUGGCGAAAAUACAGCACGAUGUAUCACAUGAAAUACUGACAGCAAAAAUGCAGCAGAAAUCGAGCAGAGCCUGCCGUCAUGACAUGACGGCGAAAACGCGGCAGGUAUAGAACGCGAGUUUGCUACAUCAGAUGUGUGAUGACUUCUGCACACAGGACGCGGCAAAGCGGCAUCGCGGUGGCCAAUCACCGUCUUGCUUUUCUGAUAAUACAUAUAUGUAUUUAAUAAAAAAGCAAGACGGUGAUUGGCCACCGCGAUGCCGCUUUGCCGCGUCCUGUGUGCAGGAGCCAUGAAUCCUCUAUAAUAGAUGAUUUUAGUGAGUGGGCGGUAGUAAGGUUGAUCGCCCGACGUGUCUCCCGUCGAAUCCCACACUUCCCGGACCUGAUCCUCCCAGAAGUCUUCUCAAAGAUUUCCACCUUUAUAUAAAAAAAAGUUCAAAUUGGACGGUUCUUGCAUGUGAUAUCAUCUUGGGUUUAAUUAACUCUCUGCAGUCAGUCGAAAACGCCACAUUUAAAUUUAAGUAUAUAAUCAUAAAAUAUAUAAUUCGUAAUGUAUAUGUAAAUUAAAUAUCAUCAAAUUUAUAAAAUUAUAUAAUGUAAAUUAAAUGUAAUAAUAAUAUUAAUAAACAUAUGUACAUUGCAUACAUUAAUUAUUUAUUUUACUAAUUAAAAAUUAUUAAUAAUACGUCAUAUCGUGUUAAAUUUUUGCUAUAUUUUUCCGAUUACUUGUGACGACAGCUUGGUGCUCGAUUUCUGCUAUGUUUUUGCCGUCACAACCGAUAAAGCAGAUCGCUUUCUAUAUCUGCUGCGUUUUCGCCGGCAUGUCAUGACGGCAGGCUCUGCUCGAUUUCUGCUGCAUUUUUGCUGUCAGUACUUCAUGUGACACAUCGUGCUGUAUCUUCGCCGCGUUUCUGGUGUCGCAGCGUGAUAGCAUUUCAUGCUUCGUUUUUGCUGUCUUUCUGCGUUUAGAGUUUAAUUUGUCAGAUUGUGUUCGAUAUUUACUAUGAAUUUGCUGUCAUGUUAUGGUAGCAGAUGAUAUUGGAUUUUUGCUGUAUUUCUAUCAAUAUUUUCUGUUGAUAAUCUGUGCUUGUAGAAACUAAGCUUAAUGAGGAAGCAGCAGAUUGAAAUCUGCUGCGAUAUCAUGCUCGAGUUUGCUGGCAUAUUGCCGGCAAGCUGCUAGCAUUUUGCUUGCUGGGGAAGUACAAAAAAAGAAAAAAGAAAUUAUUCAAAAAAACGUUAUUGGGUCGAACCAAUAUUUCAAGAACGUAAAUUACAUGGAUUUUAUCAUGCAAUAUUUCCUGUAAUUACAUUAGAAGACAGUAGAUUUCGAAAUUAUUUUCGUAUGAGUGUAACUCAAUAUGAAGAAUUAUUGUGCAUAAUUGCACCUUCUCUAACUAAACAAACUGUAAUUAGGGAACCAAUACCACCUGCAGAACGGCUAUCUAUGACAUUAAGAUUUUUGGCGUCUGGUGACUCGAUGACUUCAAUAUCUUACCAAUACCUUGUUGGACUAACAACUGUCAGUAAUAUUAUCGAAGAAACAUGCAGUGCUAUAUGGAAUUGUUUGGUAAAAGAAGUACUUCCAUCCUGUUUAAAAGAAGAAGAUUGGUUAGAUAUUGCAAAUGAAUUUGAACAUAAAUGGAAUUUUAACCAUUGUAUUGGGGCAAUCGAUGGUAAACAUGUUCUUAUUCAGUGUCCAAAUAAUGCAGGUUCUUCUUAUUUUAAUUAUAAGCACACUCACAGUAUUGUUUUACUUGGAAUUUGUAAUGCCAAUUAUUGUUUUACAUUUGUCGAUAUUGGUGCUUAUGGUCGACGUAGUGAUGGAGGUAUCUUUAAAGAUUCUCUUAUAGGUCAAAAAUUCCAUAAUAUGGAAAUGAAUUUACCACAACCACGACCUUUAACAUCAAAUGGAGAAUCAUUGCCUUAUGUCCUUGUUGGUGAUGAAGCUUUUCAACUGACAAAUUAUUUACUUCGGCCUUACCCUGGGAAAAACUUAAAUGAAGAACGAACAAUUUAUAAUUAUCGUCUUAGUCGGGCAAGAAGGACAAUAGAAAAUACUUUUGGUAUUAUAGUAAGUCGUUGGAGAAUUUUAAAACGACCUAUUAUUUGCACUGUCGAAAAAUCAAUGAAGAUUAUACAAGCAAUUGUGUGUCUUCACAAUUGGAUACGGAAACAGGAUACUGAUGAAAAUCAAUAUGUAACUCCAACGAUAAUUGAUAGAGAAGAUUCUGAUGGUUUUAUUCCUGGUUCUUGGAGAGAAGAAAUAAAUAAUAGUGCUUUGGAAAACAUAACGAGAACUGGCAGUAAUAAUUGUUCUCGUCACGCUAUGGAAAUUCGCGAACAAUUUUGUGAAUAUUUUAAUAACGAAGGAGCUCUAACAUGGCAAUAUAAUAUGUGCUAAGUACUAUAUUAAAUAUAUGAAA